GGCACACACCCAUAGAAACAGACACUCCCACAUGGAGGAACACUGCAGGAAAGUCUAGCUCUCUUUCUCUCACACAAAGAGACACACAAGUACAGUUUCUUUUACAGAGGGAGGAGUGAAUGUACUCUCCCCCCAAUUUCCUCUCUCUCUCUCUCUCAUAUGCACACACACACAUUCCUUCACAUUCUCACACGCACCAACAGAUGCAUUGACUCUCUCAAACGUGCCGGGCACCCACAUACACCUUGAAAUCCCCAGCAAUCCAGCUGGGUGUUGCAGGCAUCCUGAAUGCCACUGCCCUUAUGUCACAGAAGAGUGCAGGAAGUCUGCUGGAGUUGCCGUAAGGACAGCUGGAUGAGGGCUGCUACUAUUUGAAGAGAUUUAACUUGCUGCUUCUCCCACUUUUGCUGUUCCAUCUCUGCAGUCUACCUGGCACCAAAUGCUGUUGCUACUGCUCCUGCCCAUGGCUUGGGCACCUCUGCUGGCACGUCUGCAGACCUUGGUCGAGGAUGACAGAUGCAACCAAACAAAUUGGCAAAGAAAUCCAGGAGCAAGAGUAGCUGAUGUGAAUGGAACCCUCCUAAAUGUCAGUGUCAACAACCAUGGCCACUCUGACUCUCUAUUCCUGACCUGGAACAAACUUCUGAGAGAGGUCCAAGGCUUCUCGCUAGCUCUUUAUGUCUCAGAGACCAACACUCUGCUGCAGAGUGGAUCGGCUGGGUUCAAUGCUACUAGCUUCAGCUUCCAGGGCUUGCUUCCAGGGACACAGUACAGCAUUGAAGUCACUACCCUACUGUCUUGUGCCCAGAAUUCCAGUAGGACAGUCACUGGACACACAAUGCCUUCCCCUGCAAAGGACGUGAUCCUGAGCACUCAGAGCAACCCCUCUGUGCUAGUGGCCUCCUGGAGUGAAGCCCCUGGUGGGAAAGAUGGCUACCAGCUGGUUCUCUACCACACAGAAUCGCAGGUCCCUGUAAGGAACGUGACCCUUCCAAAAGGAGCCACCACUUUCCAGUUUGAGAGGCUUCUGGCUGGCAGCAAGUAUGCCCUGCGCAUCACUACUCUGGCAGGUCACUCUACAGCAAGCACCAGCGUACAGCAGUGGACAGCCCCUGUUGCCCCUAAGGCAUUAACUUUACAGAGCAGGCACUCCAACUCCAGCCUUACCACCUCAUGGGCUGGCACAGAGGGAGCGGAAUGGCUACAUUUCACUCUCCAGAACCUCCGGAUUCCUACUGAAAGCAUCACUGUGUCAACCAGGAAGGGUGUGAACAGCUACACUUUCCAGCAUCUGCAACCUGGCACCCCCUACUUCCUGAAGGUCAGCGUGUCAGCUGGGCAUUAUGAGGCUGAGGGACCCAAUGCCACUGCUUAUACAUACCCUCUGAGCCCAACCAGUGUGAGCUUGAUCAACUCUGGCAAAAACAACACUUUGAAGGCAUCGUGGGAAUCCCCAGCUGGAGAAAGAGAAUUCUAUCUGGUGACUCUGCAGGAGGGAAAGAGCAGCACACUCCUCCGAAAUGCGACAGUAGCAGCGCACAGCACGCACCAUGUCUUCCGCAGCCUGACUCCUGGGACUCGCUACAUUGCCUGGGUGACUGCUGUUGCUGGACCCCACAGAGCAUCCUCUCAAAGCGCCUUGGCUUGGACAUAUCCCAUAGCUCCAUCAGGUGGCAGCUUGUCGAACCAGGGCAGUGCCCACAUGCUUCAUGCUCGGUGGCAAGAGGAGGCUGGAACUGGCUAUGUGGCAGCACUGUACACCACAGAACCAUCCACGCUGGUGCAAAACAAUUCACUGUCAAAGGGCAAUUCCAGUUUGCGUUAUGAGCAGUUAAACCCAGGCACUUACUAUGCAUGGGAGAUCAGCACUGUCGCUGGGCCCUACAUUUCCCUGCCACUCCGCCUCAUGAACUGGACCUAUCCUUUGCCUCCAAACCACCUGAGUCUCAGCAAUGAAGGUCACAGCACAAGGUCACUGCAUGCCUUUUGGCAAAACCCUUCUAGGGGCAAAGGACAUUACAUAGGAACCCUCUUGGAAACCAAAUCCCAGCUGGAGAUCCAAAAUGUGACCAUAGGAAAGGGCAAGACAAACACCAUAUUUGAAGGGCUGGUCCCUGGACGUCAGUAUACCCUGAAGAUGAUAGGAGUGGCUGGCCCGUUCCAGUCUCCUGCUCAAACUGCCAGUGACUGGACAUACCCUCUGGCACCUUUGGGGGUAAGGCUGGGCAGUAGCAAGUGGAUCUCCAGUCUUGUAGCUUCUUGGAACCCACCUUCUGGUGACAGAGACCAGUUCUUUCUACGCUUCUACAGCCAGCAGCACCCACUAUUGAGGAAUAUCACAAUUGGGCCUAGCAUGCAGAAUUUCACCUUCCAAGAGCUUUUCCCUGGCAGCCAAUAUUUUCUCGAGGUGACAGCAUUAGCAGGACCAUAUCGGGCCUCCUCACCAUUGAUUUCUGCAUGGACAUAUCCCCAAUCACUGGCUAACGUGAGUGUGAGAUGUGGCCAGACACCCCAGCAGUUGAUUGUGAGUUGGAUGGAAUCAGGUCAAGGACGAGAAUACUGGAUACAGCUCUACUCAGAUGAAUCCCUGUCCAUUAUCCGGAACUUGUCAGUGCCACAUGGUACUGCCCAGGUGUCCAUAGAUGGCCUAGUGGCAGGCACACGAUACCGUGUUGAGAUUGUCUCCAGGGCUGGACCUCACUACGUUUCCUCACAGACAGCCAUUGGCUACACAGUGCCCUUGAUGCCUCUCUCUCUGGUGGUGACCAGCCGUAGCUCCUCAACAUUGUCUGUGCAAUGGAAGGCCCCUGCUGGGCAAAGGGACAGCUAUAUGGUAUCUGUCUCUGAAGAAGGCCCUACAGCUACCAGAAGCUACAUUCCUGUGGAAAAAACAAGCACUAAUAUCACCCUUGUGGGGUUAACACCAGGAACUUGCUACCUCAUUGCAGUAUGGUCACUUGCUGGACCAUACAACUCAGCUUCCCGGAACAGCACAAGCUGCACAGCUCCUGCAGCACCUGUGAACCUGACACUGAGGAACACUGGCAGCUCUUCCAUGCUGUACACAGCAUGGUCAGAGGCCCCUGGGUGCAAGGACCACUACCGGCUCAUAUUAUAUUACCUGAUGCCUCCAGGUAUGGAGAGAGUUCAGGUUGUGGAUCCAGGUACUCAGGAUUACAACUGGACAGGUUUGCCAGCAGGCAGCCAAUUUGCUGUACAGGUUGUCACAGUGAAAGGCCAAACUGAAGCCUCCUCUUCCACCAUCACAGAAUGGACAUCUCCUCUGCCAGCUACCUCUGUGCAAAUCUGGAAUGAGAGGCAACCAGACAGACUGCAGGUGGCUUGGACACCAGCAUCCAGCAGACUUCAUGGCUUCCAGCUGAACUUGUAUUGCACAGGAUGCCGCACUACGGCAGCACAAGACUUUGUGGGGAGAGAUGCCACCAAUUUCACCUUCUUAGGCCUGACACCAGGAACUAGAUACUGGUUUGAGAUUAUCUCCUUGUCAGGCCCCUAUAGAGCUUCAGCAGGAAACAUCAGUGACUGGACAAGUCCUCUGCCUCCUCACACAGUUACUUUGUCAAACAAAGGGCAUCCUGAUCAACUGAGUGCUGCUUGGGAAGCCCCUGCAGGAGAGCAAGAGGGCUACGCACUGACACUGUAUUAUGCUGGAUCAGGCAUUGUGGCAGCCAAGACGUUUGUACAGAAGGGGUCCACAAAUUUCACCUUCUUAAGUCUGCUCCCAGGAACUAAAUAUUUGCUUCAAGUUUCUUCCUUGGCAGGGCCAUACCGGAUGUCAGCAAGGAAUGUCAGUGACUGGACAUACCCCCUGGUUCCCAGGAAGCUCUCUGCAGUGGUUGAAAAGAGCAGCUCUGCACUCUCUGUGUCCUGGGGGAAACCUCUUAGCAAGCCAGAGCGCUGCCAGCUGCAGCUGUGGCAUCCUGGCAACAGUACUGUGCUACAGAAUCACACUGUGGCCCCAUGGCAGGUCCAGCAUGUUUACCGAGACUUGGUUCCAGGAAGAAACUACUCUGUAUCUCUCAGCUGCAUUUCUGGGCCCUACAAGAGCAGCUCUGAGACAGUGGUAAUACCAAUAGAACUCACUGAGGUGAAGAACCUGCAAUGUUUCCCUGAUGUCACCAGUUUUUUUCUGAACUGGACCAUCCCUGAAAGCGAUAUUAAGGCUUAUGAGCUGGCAGCAGAGAAGUUUCCAAGAAGAGUCCUCCAUCAGCCUGUACAUCAUCUGGCUGUUUCCAGGGCCGAAGCAACUGUGGCAGAGCUGACCUCAGGCACGUCAUAUCAAAUCCUCAUCAAUGCUGUUGGUAGAAAUGGCAUGAGGGGUCCAUCUGUGACAAUGAUCUGCAACACGUCUAUGGAAGUCCUUCCUCCUCCUGUGCUAGCAGACAUCCCAGAAUUUGAUGCCAGUGCCAGAGUCAUCAUCUCCCCUGACAUGUUUAGCGAGGAGAAUGGUCGCAUAGAAUAUUAUGGUGUUGUUGUCACCACUAAUGAAUCUUUGUUGAGACCUACCCAAGACAUUGUCUCCCGCACAUGGUAUGACCACUAUUAUGGGCAAGAAGAUUCAUAUUUAGCUGUCUUGGUGCCAAAUCCCUUUCAUCUCAAUGCAAGCACCAGUCCCAAGGCCUGGCCAGUGACUCUUGGCUCAGAGAAAUGCAGUCACUUGCAGAAAACCUGCAAUGGAAAACUGAAAACAGACACACAGUACAGGUUCAGUAUUGCUGCAUUCACCAGAUACAAUCAGCGGUCUCCCAAAGUGUCUUUCACAGCCUUCUCAGCGGCAGAUGCCUCCAUGGACCCUGCUAUGCUAUCUGCUCCAGGUAUGGCUGGAAUCAUCAUGGGAUUCCUCCUGACAUUCACAGCAAUUGCUGGGUUGGUCUACAUGAAGCAUUUGAAAUCAAGGAGAAAGGAGAAGGGUAACAUGCCACAAGAAAUGGCUACCUACAGUCUGAGAAAUAUUCACCGGCCCAUCCCCAUACAAAGUUUCAGGCAGUAUUAUGAAGCAAGGGCAGCAAACUCCAAUCAUGGUUUUUUUCAGGACUUUGAGGAGCUGAAAGAAGUGGGGAAAGAGCAACCCAAAACAGAAGCUGAACACCCUGACAACAUCUGCAAGAACCGAUAUCCCCAUGUUCUGCCUUAUGAUUACACCCGUGUAAAGCUGAACCUGCUGGAUGGGGAACCCCACUCUGACUAUAUCAACGCCAACUUUGUACCAGGUUACAACUCCCCACAGGAGUUCAUUGCUAGUCAGGGACCCUUGAAAAAAACAUUGGAUGAUUUCUGGAGGCUGGUCUGGGAGCAAUGCGUCUGCACCAUUGUUAUGUUGACUGUGGGCAUGGAGAAUGGACGAGUGCUUUGUGAAUACUACUGGCCUUUGGACACUUCUCCUGUCUUUUCUGGGCAGAUCACCAUCCACUUGCUUGCUCAAAAUUUUGCAGAUGACUGGACCACACAGGAGUUCAAACUCCAGCAUGCAGGGCUCAAAGAGGAGAGGAGAGUGACCCAUCUGCACUAUACAGCAUGGCCUGAUCAUGGUGUCCCUGAGUCCACAACUUCCAUCAUUCAAUUCAUAGAUCUGGUGCGAGCACAUGUGCAGAAUGCAAAGGAUUCUGGGCCUACGCUGAUACACUGCAGUGCCGGAGUGGGCCGCUCAGGGACCUUCAUUGCCCUGGACCGGCUCUUACAGCAGCUGAAGCACGAGAAGAUGGUGGAUGUGUUCAAUACCAUGUACAGUCUACGGAUGAGCCGCCAUGUGAUGAUUCAGACUCUGGGGCAGUACAUUUUCCUGCACAAAUGCAUCCUAGAGAAGAUCUCUGAAAACCCACUUAUUGGCCUAUCUGGAGUAGAUCUUUCCCACCCGGUCCCUCUGAAGAGCUUCGUUCAGCAUCAUGCAAGGAACAGUUACAAGGCCAAUGCGGGCUUCCUGAGGGAGUAUGAGCAGAUGCUUCUGGAGGCAGCAAAAGAGGAAGUCAGUUCUGCUACACCACUUCCUGGCAGCCAACAGAUCAACUUCUGCUCCAGCAAGAUCCCUAAUGAUCAUGCCAAAGUGAAGUUCUCAGCACUGGAUCGUGAUCCCUUCUCAGACCUCUCACGUGUCUGGUUCAUCCCUGGUUGCAACUCAGCCAAGGAUUAUAUCGCUAUUGAAGGACCUGACAAACUAACCCUGGAGGAGUUCUGGGGGCUGAUCUGGGAAUAUGGAGUCCACACCAUCAUUAGUUUAACAUCUGGGCAGACGAGCAGCCUGGCUCCAGAUGACACCUGCUGGCCUUCUGAGGGCGAACCUGUCUGCACAGAGAUGCUGACCAUCCAACAAGGCCCCGAGAAGGCUGCUUCAGGGUGGCCGUGCAUUCAGCUCCGACUGAAAUGUGAGAAGAAGGCCAAGGAGAGGGUGCUUCAACGCUUCCUUUUCCCACUGUGGGCAGGAGAGGAGCAGCCGGCACCCAGGGUCCUGGUGGGCUUCCUCACCAACAUCAGGCAGCUGGUGCCACAUCGGAAGAGAAGCAGCCCCUUGGUCCUUCAUUGUAGUUCGGGAGGCAUAGGUCAGAUGGGCAUGCUGAUUGCUGUGGACACCUUGCUACAGCAGAUGAAAGGAGAGAAAAGUGUGGAUGUGUAUGGGGUUGUCUUGAGGCUGGUGAGGAGCUGCUGUCUGAUGAUGCCGACACUGGAUAAGUACAUGUAUCUGUACGAAUGCAUUCGUGACACCAUCACCCAGAAACAAGUCUAGGGCCAUAACAGGACCUGGCCUUCACUUUCUCUGAGACAACGGGAGAGCCUGGAGAUGAGCAUGGCCACAACAGGAUUGUGAGCAUGAACUGAAUCCACAACAGGAUUGUGAGCAUGAGCUGUUCUCCUGCAGUGAUGUGCAGCUGUCCCAGGGAACCUGCUCUGAGCCCAUGUGCAGGAGGUGGAAUAAUGGGAGUCAACAACAGGGGCCAUGCGACGUUGCUGCCUCCUGAAAGCAUUCAGGAAACAACAGCACCUCGUGGCUAGAACAAUGCAUCUUUCAUUGAGGAUGUGCUGCUGGCAAUAAAAAGUCAGCCUGAGUCUUCCUAGUCCCUAUUCGGCAGUCUUGGGACUCUGGGAUCCCUGGCGCUCAAACAGACGGAAUUUGUGGCCAGUCUGAUGAUGGAAUCCAUAUAGCUGAUAAAGUCAUUGCCUAAAAUUAAGAUAUCUCUGCAUUCUGGAUAAUUUGUGCAGUUGUCCCAAACGACUUGUGCAGCUCUGGAGAGUUUUGUGUUUUUUUUUUAAAGUUGGAGAAAGUGCAGAAAAGUGACUUUAUAAGCAGGGACCUCAUCUUGGCAAAAGCACAACUUAAAACGAGCAUUGAUCAUCUUCUGGGUGCAAUAAAUAAAACAAAUGAUGGCUUUUCAAACCAUUGCAUUGACAAAGAUGACUGCGGAGCGCAUGUACAGAUUUUUUUUUAAAUGCUCUGUACUGUGGAGAGAGAAAGAUUAAAAUAAGCGGAAAUAUUGAAUCAGAACCAAAGAAUUUCAGUAAUCUAAUGAAACUGGUAGAAAACUGGUACUAGGUAGCUACAAGUAAGUGGUUUGCCACAACCUGCAAAUAGCCUAGGAACUCAGUGCUGGGGGCAGGACCAGCCCUGCCACUAGGCAAACUAGGUGAUUGCCUAGGGCACCAGCCUUCUGGGGGUACCAGAUUGGGUGCCCCCCAUGUGACUAGGUGACAUUAUCAGUGCGGGGGGGGGGGGGGCACCAGAAGUUAGUAUUGCCUAGGGUGCCAGACAGUCUAGGGCCGUCCCUGGCUGGGGGGUGCUAUUCUGGUGACAAUUUAAAUAGAUUUUUUAAGGAUUUGACAACUUCCUGAAGGUUAGGUCUAUUCAGAGAGGCAAUUAUAUACAACUGGCUGCUGGAUCCAAAUAGAGGGGCCAUUUUGCUUUUUUUUAUGACUCUUCCCCAGAACAUGUGGCUAUACUCUGCUGAAAAACAGAAUGCUUUGCUUUGCAAAUUGUUGGUUUGAUCCAAUAUCUUCAUGAUGAUAGCUCCCUUGAUCCAUAUAACAUAUGCUGCUUCAAGCAAGAACUCUUCAGUGCCAAAGAAAACUGAUGGGGACCAAAGUAAAUCACCAACAUCCUCUAUUUCUCCUUCUUACUCCUGAUGCCCAAGUCAGCUCCUGUGGUCAGUUUACAACAGAGUACCAAGGGAAGUGCUGCCUGCAGGGCACAUUUGAGGCCCACAGCCAGAUCUCCUUCAGAACUGCACACAAAGAAACUACCCCACCUUUCCUGCCCUAUGCCAAGCUCUGUAUCUAGGUCUGUAUUUUCCUUCUGUUGAAUGACGAGGGGUCUUACCAUCUCAAACCAUUCUUUAGGAAGUCUGACCUCCUACACCUGCACACUUCAUUCUCUGGGCUAAUCCAAUCCAAUUUUCUUCUUUUUCUUUGGCCCACUUUCAAAUAAUUUAUUAAAUUACCACAGUUCUUAAAAUGGGAGUGAGAGCAACCCCAAAUAAAUGUGGUAUUGAAAUGGAAUUAAGCUAUCCUGGGUUCUCUGAAAGAGAGAAGAAAAGGGAGCAAAUUGUUUUUAUUUUGUAGCAAUAAAUUAUUCUUCUAAGUGAAA